UAUUGUUUGCGAUCUAGAAAACUACUUAGCGUGCUGAAUUUUAUUCUGACAACAUAUUGGGAAAAAUGGCAAACAGCAUUUGCUUGCUUGCUAGCUUGGAGCAUUCCUCAAAUAGCAAAGCGAAGGGUAUUGAGACUUAAACGUGUUAACGUGUCCUUUACAGAAUUAAUGCAUUCUGGGCUUUAUUUUGAAUGUAUUAAGGCACCCAGCAGACCACUGUCUGUCUAAUAGCAGGGUCCUUUCAUUUUCAACUUAAGUUCUCCUUACACAUCUUUUUACACGCGCAAAAAAUAAAACUAUGUAACAUGACAUAGAGUUCGACCAUGCUUAACCAAAAUACAUUAACUUAAAGUGGGGUUAAUGCAAAAAUAAAUUGCAGUGUUUCUUGGCGAACUUAAUGUGAGAAAUGUAGGCUAUUUAUACGUGGAACGAAUGUAUACGUAAUAAAUGCAGCCUAUAAUAUAGCAAUAAUGUUUUCAUUUUGUCAUGUUUUUGUAACGAACUGUCUCGAGGAUUGUGACGUUGAUGUAAUGUAACUGCAACUGUAACAAGCUGAGCUUUCCAUCCUUCAGCUUCCUCAACCUUUUCAGAGGCUGGAACCAAUAUCACAGCACUGCUGUGGCAGCACGGACAAGAAAACGAAAGCACAAUAUCACAACACGCGAUUCUUGCGAAUUAAACACAGAAUACGUUUGAGGAGAAUAUGCUUGUAUCGUCUCGAUUGCUGUAAAUAAACUGCUAUAUCACUAGUAAUGACAACGCUAGUUCUUGAUAAUGGAGCCUAUACGGCCAAAAUUGGAUACAGUCAUGAAAAAGUCAGCGUUAUCCCGAAUUGUCAAUUUCGUUCAAAAACCUCGAGACUGAAGACGUUCACUGCCAAUCAGUUAGACGAAAUAAAGGAUCCAUCUGGGCUGUUCUAUAUUCUGCCUUUUCAGAAGGGCUACCUGGUGAAUUGGGAUGUGCAGCGGAAGGUGUGGGAUCAUCUAUUUGGAAAAGAAAUGUUCAAGGUGGAUUUUGCAGACACCAGUAUAGUGAUUACAGAACCCUACUUUAACUUCAGCUCUAUUCAGGAGUCCAUGAAUGAGAUCUUGUUUGAAGAGUACCAGUUUCAAGCCGCUCUCCGAAUAAAUGCUGGCUCCCUGAGUGCACACAGAUACUUCCAGGAAAACAGCUCCGAGCUCUGUUGCAUCGUGGUGGACAGUGGAUUCUCUUUCACUCACAUCGUCCCCUACUGCAGGGGAAAGAAAAUGAAAGAUGGAAUAUGCAGGGUGAAUGUAGGUGGGAAGUUGCUGACCAAUCAUUUCAAGGAGAUGAUUUCAUACAGACAGCUACAUGUUAUGGAUGAGACGCAUGUGCUCAAUCAGGUGAAAGAAGAUGUGUGCUAUGCAUCCCUGGACUUCUACAAGGACAUGGAAAUUGCUCAGUUAAAAGGAGAGGACAACACGGUGAUGAGGGACUAUGUCCUGCCAGACUUCAGUGCUAUCAAAAAGGGUUUCUGCAAACCUCGUGAAGAGAUGAACUUCACAGGAAAGUAUAAGGGUGGGGAGCAGAUUUUACGGCUGACCAACGAGAGGUUCGCUGUUCCAGAGAUGCUUUUCCAUCCCUCGGACAUUGGCAUUCAGGAGAUGGGCAUUCCAGAGGCGCUGGUCAACUCUGUCAACAACCUGCCCGAGGAGAUGCAGCCCCAUUUCUUCAAGAACAUUGUCCUCACAGGGGGGAACACCCUCUUCCCAGGCUUCAGGGAUCGAGUGUACAAAGACGUCCGCUCUCUCACUCCAACCGACUUUGAUGUAUCUGUGGUGCUGCCACACAAUCCCAUCUGCUAUCCCUGGGAGGGAGGAAAACUGCUUUCAGAAAACCCUGACUUUGAUGAGAUGGUGGUCACUCGUGAUGACUAUGAAGAGAAUGGGCAUUUCAUAUGUGAAGAGAAGUUUGAUAUUUAACACCGUGAACUUGCUUGACUGCAGUCAAAUAGACAUUCCAUUCAAAAGGCUGAGAAGAGGAACAAGAUGAUUCUUGCAAGUCUGUGCACAACAACAUGGCAGCGUCAUAGAAACAAAGAUUUACUGAGGCUGGAGUUGAUCCAUGUAAUAACACUCUUGAGUUUUGGUUCUUUGGUUGAUUUAUUUUGCAACUAGCAGACUCCUGUGCAGGAUGGAACCAUUUAUUGUGUUUGUUUGAUGAAGUAACAUGUUCUGAGGUUUUACUCACUGUUAAUGAUUCUUGGUAAAUUAAUUAAUGCUUUUUGACAUAUCGUGUUUUGUAUCCUUUCAGUUGCAUGAGCAGGCACUAUACCAACUAAAGGACUUUUGUUUGUUCAGGAGGCCACAUUGGAUUUUGUUGUGAAAAAAUAAAGGAUAGUGUAUUUUUUUCCAUUUUAA